AUGUCCUCACCGUUUCUUUGGAGUUUGGUUAUUUUAUUGAUAUUUGCUGAAUUAGAUGGUGAAUCUGGAGGACCUGAGCUGCAGAGACACAAAAGAAACAAUGACCUCCAACAGCCUCGAAUUGCUUCAGAGAGGGGAAAUUUAGUGUUUCUUACUGGUUCUGCCCAAAACAUUGAAUUUAGAACUGGAUCCCUUGGGAAGAUUAAAUUAAAUGAUGAAGACCUCAGUGAAUGUUUACAUCAGAUCCAUAGAAACAAAGAUGAUAUUAUAGAUUUAAAAAAGAGUGCAAUUGGUAUGCCUCAAGAUAUAUCUAGUCAAAUCCAUCAGCUUAAUUCCAAGCUUGUGGAUCUUGAGAGAAAAUUUCAAAGCUUACAGCAGACAGUUGACAAAAAAGUUUGCAGCAGCAAUCCCUGCCAGAAUGGUGGAACCUGCAUCAACCUGCAUGAUUCCUUUUUUUGUAUCUGUCCGUCACAGUGGAAGGGUCCUCUUUGCUCAGCUGAUGUUAAUGAAUGUGAGAUUUAUUCUGGAACACCCUUUAGCUGCCAGAAUGGAGCCACAUGUAUAAAUACAAUAGGGAGUUACAGUUGUAGUUGCUCACCUGAUACAUAUGGACCCCAGUGUGCAUCCAAAUACAAUGACUGUGAACUGGGCUCUAAGGUGAACUGUGUCCAUGGCAUUUGUGAAGACUCAGUCCGAGUUCAGGCUGGAGAGCCAAAAUACAGCUGUGUCUGUGAUGCUGGAUGGAUGUCUCCACCAAACAGCUCUGCCUGCACGCUGGACAUAGAUGAGUGCAGCCUUACGCCGACACCUUGUUCAUCACUUGUGCAGUGUUUCAACACUCUAGGCUCUUUCUAUUGUGGAGCCUGUCCACCAGGUUGGCGAGGAAAUGGAUACAAUUGCCAAGAUAUCAAUGAAUGUGAAAUAAAUAAUGGGGGCUGUUCUGUGGUUCCUCCUGUGGAGUGCGUGAAUACACCUGGAUCUUCCCACUGUCAGUCCUGUCCACCAGGGUACCAGGGCAAUGGGAGAGUGUGCACACUCAUAGACAUCUGCUCGGUCAACAAUGGAGGCUGCCACCCCCAUGCUUCAUGCUCCUCGGUUCUAGGUUCCUUACCACUCUGUACCUGUUUCCCUGGAUAUACUGGAAAUGGCCAUGGGCCUAAUGGAUGUGUACAACUCAGUAAUAUAUGCCUCAGUCACCCCUGUUUAAAUGGACAAUGCAUCGAAACAGUCUUUGGUUAUGUUUGUAAAUGUGAACCAGGUUGGGCUGGUAUCAACUGCACCGAAAAUAUCAAUGAGUGUUUGAGCAACCCCUGUUUGAAUGGGGGCUCUUGUGUUGAUGGCGUUAAUGGUUUCAGUUGUGAAUGCACCAGUGCCUGGACUGGAUCUCGCUGUCACAUUCCCCAACAAGUUUGUGGAGGGUCACUGUCAGGGUGGAAUGGAACCUUCAGCUAUAAUAGUCCUGCUACUGGUUAUGUUCAUGAUGUUAACUGCUUCUGGGUUAUCCGAACUGAAGAGGGAAAGGUCUUGCGCAUCACUUUCACUUUUUUCCGAUUAGAAUCAGUGGACAACUGUCCCCAGGAGUUUCUUCAGAUUUAUGAUGGAGAAUCCUCCGCAGGAUUCCAACUUGGAAGACUCUGUGGCUCCAGCCCUCCUCCUGAACUGUUCAGCAGUGACAAUGCUCUCUAUUUUCAUUUGUAUUCUGAGCAUUUAAGAAACGAGAGAGGCUUCACAGUAAGAUGGGAAACGCAGCAACCAGAGUGUGGAGGUAUGGUGACUGGUGCUUAUGGUUCAAUUACAUCUCCGGGAUAUCCUGGGAACUAUCCCUCUGGAAGAGAUUGUGUCUGGAAAGUUAUGAGCAGUCCUGGCCUCCUGAUAACAUUUACUUUUGGAACAUUGAGACUGGAGCACCAUGAUGAUUGUAGUAAAGAUUACCUUGAGAUUCGAGAUGGUCCUAUGCUUAAGGACCCCAUUCUUGGGAAAUUCUGCACCACGCUUUCUGCCCCACCACUCCAAACUACAGGUCCUUUUGCCAGAAUUCAUUUCCAUUCUGACACCCAGAUUAAUGAUCGGGGGUUCCAUAUCACCUACUUAACAUCACCUUCGGAUCUUCCUUGUGGAGGGAUCUACAAAGACCCAGAGGGUGAGCUCCUCUUUUCUGACUUGUUUGGACCUUUGACGCACAGCAGGCAAUGCAUUUAUAUAAUAGAACAACCUCAGGGAGAACAAAUACAAAUCAACGUCACCCGUGUGGAGCUGGGAGGCCAGAGCGGCUGUUCUCACAGUUACGUUGAGGUUCUAGAUGAUGACAUUAUACUUGGAAAAUUCUGUGGCAAUUCAACUAUUUCACACAUUAACUCCAUUUCUAACAGAAUCUGGAUCAGGUUUAAAAUAGAUGCUUCCAUUGAAAAAGCUGGUUUCAGAGCUGUUUAUCAAGUGGCUUGUGGAGGUGAAUUAACUGGCGAAGGGGUCAUUCGCUCUCCUUUCUAUCCGAACGUGUAUCCUCGAGAAAGGAUAUGUAGAUGGAUCAUCCACCAGCCUCAAAGCCAAGUAGUUCUUCUCAAUUUCACUGGCUUUGAACUUGGAGAUUCUGUCCAUUGUGAUACAGAUUACAUUGAGAUUGGUAGCAAUUCUAACUUGGGUUCUCCUGAAAAUACAAAGUAUUGUGGCAUAGAUGUACCUUCACUUAUAACAUCUGUAUAUAAUUUUCUGUUUGUCACAUUCGUGAAAAGUUCUCCUCAAAAUCAUGGUUUCAUGGCUAGGUUCAGUACUGCAGAUUUAGCAUGUGGAAAAAUACUUACCGAGUCAGCAGGAACCAUUCAAAGUCCUGGCCAUCCAAACAUCUAUCCCCAUGGUAUCAAUUGUACCUGGCAUGUAUUAGUGCAGCCUGGCCAACUGAUUCGUUUGAUAUUCAAGAAAUUUCAUCUAGAGUUUCAUUACAAUUGCACAAAUGAUUAUCUGGAAGUUUAUGACACUGGCUCUGGGACUUUUCUUGGGAGAUAUUGUGGAACAUCAAUCCCACCUUCUCUUACCAGCAGUUCCAACUCAUUAAUGCUGGUAUUUGUGGCUGACUCUGAUCUGGCUUAUGAAGGCUUUGAAAUAAAUUAUGAAGUUAUUAAUGCAUCAACAGCAUGCUUGGAAGACUAUACAACUGAAUCUGGAACAUUCACUUCUCCAAACUUCCCCAGUAAUUAUCCUAACAAUUGGGAAUGCAUUUAUAGGAUCACAGUAGGAACCAGCCAACAGAUUGCAUUGCACUUCACCAACUUCUCCUUGGAGGAAGCCUUUGGUGGUCACUGUGCAGAUUUUGUGGAAAUCAAAGAUGGAGGCUAUGAAAAUUCACCAUCCCUUGGGGUAUACUGUGGUUCAAAUCUGCCUCCAGUAAUCAUUUCUCACAGCAACAAACUAUGGAUAAAGUUUAAAAGUGACGUUUUUAUGUCAAGGUCUGGAUUCUCAGCUUACUGGGAUGGAUCAGCAACAGGUUGCGGUGGCAAUCUCACGACUCCCAGCGGCAUUUUCACGUCUCCUAACUACCCGAUGCCGUACUACCACAGCUCUGAAUGCUAUUGGUGGUUGAAAUCCAGCCAUGGAAGCCCAUUUGAACUGGAAUUUGAAGACUUCCACUUGGAGCAUCAUCCAAACUGCACUUUAGAUUAUCUGGCUGUGUAUGAUGGCCCAAGUACCAGCUCUCACCUUCUGGCUCAGCUUUGUGGGGAUGAAAAGCCCCCUAUCAUCCAUUCUAGUGGAGACAGCAUAUCUUUAAAACUGAGGACAGAUGAAGGUCAGCAAGGAGGUGGCUUCCUGGUCAGAUAUAGACAGAUAUGUGAGAACGUGGUAAUUGUCAAUCGAACGAAUGGCAUCUUGGAGAGUAUACAUUAUCCAAAUCCUUAUUAUGACAAUCAGCGUUGCAGUUGGACCAUCCAAGCAACAAGUGGUAACACUGUGAAUUACACAUUUUCAGCGUUUGAAUUAGAAAAUCACACAAACUGCUCUGCGGACUAUUUAGAGCUCUACGAUGGAUCACAACGAAUGGGGCGCUACUGUGGAACAGAUAUGCCCCCUCCAGGGAGUACCACAGGCUCCAGGCUUCGUGUGCUGUUCCAUACUGAUGGAGUUGGUCACCAUGAGAAAGGAUUUCAGAUGCAGUGGUUCAUUCACGGUUGUGGUGGGGAACUGUUUGGGGACACAGGUUCCUUCAGCAGCCCAGGAUAUCCUGCCAGGUACCCACCAAACAAGGAGUGUAUCUGGUACAUUAAUACAGUCCCUGGGAGUAGCAUUCAGCUUACCAUUCAUGACUUUGAUGUGGAAUAUCAUGCAAGCUGCAACUUUGACUCCCUGGAGAUCUAUGGAGGUCCUGAUUUCCACUCUCCCAGAAUAGCCCAGCUGUGUGCCCAAAGAUCAUCUGAAAAUCCCAUGCAGGUAUCCAGCACUGGAAAUGAGCUAGCAAUCCGAUUUAAAACUGACAGCUCCAUAAAUGGAAGAGGCUUUAAUAUCUCAUGGCAAGUGGUCCCUGGAGGUUGUGGUGGGAUUUUCAGGGCUCCCAGUGGAGAGAUUCAUUCUCCAAAUUAUCCCAGCCCUUACAGGAGUAACACUGAGUGUUCCUGGGUCAUUGAAGUUGAAAGAAAUCACCGUGUUCUGUUGAACAUCACAGACUAUGACCUUGAACCUCAGGACUCUUGUAUUAUGGCAUAUGAUGGGUUAAACUUGGCAACCACCCGCCUCACCAGUAUGUGUGGAAGACAGCAGCUGACUAACCCCAUCACCUCUUCAGGAAAUACGCUUUCUGUGCGAUUUCAAUCUGGAGCUUCCAGACAGAGCAGGGGCUUCCGAGCUCACUUUAGGCAAGCCUGUGGAGGCUUCCUGCUCACCAAUUCUUUUGAUACUAUUUCCUCUCCAUUGUUCCCUAACAAGUAUCCAAACAAUCAGAACUGUAGCUGGAUAAUUCAAGCUCAACCUCCAUUUAAUCAUAUAACUCUCUCCUUUAGCCACUUUGGGCUUGAAAGCAGCACAGAGUGUUCACAUGACUUUUUAGAAAUUUUGGACGGCAGCUACUAUGAUGCUCCCCUCCGAGGCCGUUAUUGUGGCAUAUCCAUGCCUCAUCCCAUCACUUCUUUCAGCAAUGCCCUGACGCUGAGGUUUGUCUCUGAUUCUAGAAGAAAUUCUGAUGGUUUCCAUGCUUUAUAUACUGCAUCAUCAUCAGCUUGUGGUGGAAACUUCCACAUGGCCGAAGGCACAUUCAACAGCCCUGGCUACCCAGAAGUUUAUCCUUCUAAUGUGGAAUGUAUCUGGAACAUAGUCAGUUCCCCUGGCAACCAGCUCCAGCUGUCUUUCAUAACUUUCCAGUUGGAGGAGUCUCAGAACUGUAGCAGAGAUUUUGUGGAGAUCCGGGAAGGAAAUGCCACGGGCCACUUGGUGGGACGAUACUGUGGCCACAUCCUCCUUCUGAAUUAUUCGUCCAUUUUUGGGCAUAUUCUGUGGGUCAGAUUUGUCUCGGAUAGUUCGGGCAGUGAUACAGGCUUCCAGGCCACGUUUGUUAACGUAUUUGGCAAUGACAAUAUUGUGGGAGAUCAUGGGAAAAUCGCCUCUCCCUUAUGGCCUGAAAAUUACCCCCAUAAUUCCAAUUACCAAUGGAUAGUAAAUGUGAAUGCCUCUCAAGUUAUCCAUGGUAGAAUCUUGGAGAUGAACAUUGAAGCAGCACAAAAUUGCUAUUAUGACAAAUUAGGGGUUUAUGAUGGACUUGGCACUCAUUCCCGCCAGAUUGGAACUUACUGUGGUACCCAGACAGCAUCUUUUAGCUCCUCUAGAAAUUCUUUGACAUUCCAGUUUUCUUCUGACUCUUCAGUCUCAGGGAAAGGAUUCCUUCUGGAGUGGUUUGCAGUGGAUGUUUCUGUUGGACUUUUACCCACUAUUGCUCCAGGUGCUUGUGGUGGGUAUCUGAGGACAGGAGAUGUGCCAGUCUUUCUUUUCUCGCCAGGCUGGCCUGAAAGCUACAAUAAUCAGGCAGACUGUUCAUGGCUUAUCCAGGCUCCUGAUUCAACUGUGGAACUCAACAUCCUUUCUAUGGACAUUGAGUCUCAUCAGACAUGCAACUAUGAUAAACUCGUAAUAAGAGAUGGAGACAGUAACCUGGCCCAGGAACUAGCAGUUCUGUGUGGAAGAGAAAUCCCUGGGCCCAUCCGGUCCACUGGCGAGUACAUGCUGAUCCGAUUCACCUCGGACUUCAGUGUAACUGGGGCAGGCUUCAACGCAUCCUUCCACAAGGGUUGUGGUGGCUAUUUGCAUGCAGACAGAGGGGUUAUUACAUCCCCCAUGUAUCCUGAAACCUACCCUCCCAACCUCAAUUGCUCUUGGCAUGUCCUGGUUCAGAGUGGUCUGACCAUCGCUACCCAUUUUGAACAGCCAUUCCAGAUUCCAAAUGGAGAUUUUUCUUGCAACCAGGGGGAUUAUUUGCUGCUGAAAAAUGGACCUGAUAUUUAUUCUCCACCUUUGGGACCCCAUGGAGGAAAUGGUCAUUUUUGUGGCACUCGUCCUUCAUCUACUAUGUUCACCUCAGAUAAUCAAAUGUUUGUUCAGUUUAUUACUGAUAAUAGUAAUGGAGGCCAAGGAUUUAAGAUCAAAUAUGAAGCAAAGAGGUUAGCUUGUGGGGGCAAUAUUUACAUCCAUGAUGCUGAUUCUACUGGGUAUGUGACCACUCCCAACUACCCUGGCAAUUACCCUCAGCACGCUGAUUGCAUUUGGAUCCUGUCUGCUCCUCCUGGAAAACGCAUACAGCUGCAAUUUGAAAACCAAUUUAGUAUUGAAGUAACACCCAACUGUACUUCUAAUUAUCUUGAGUUACGGGAUGGAGCUGAUUCUAAUGCACCAAUACUUUCCAAGUUUUGUGGAACAUCUUUGCCCAGCACUCAGUUGUCCUCAGAAGAAGUCAUGUACUUGAGAUUCCAGUCUGAUAACAGCUUCACUCAUGUUGGGUUCAAGGCUAAGUAUUCCAUAGCCCUGUGUGGAGGAACAGUCACUGGGCAGAGUGGUGUCAUUGAAAGCAUUGGCUAUCCAACACUUCCUUACAGAGACAAUUUAUUCUGUGAGUGGCAUCUCCAGGGUCUCUCAGGACACUAUUUCACAAUCCAUUUUGAAGACUUUAACCUUCAGAAUUCUACCAACUGUGAAAAAGAUUUUGUGGAGAUCUGGGAAAACCAUACCUUUGGAAAUAUAUUAGGCAGAUUCUGUGGAAACACCAUUCCUGACAGCCUGGACACUUCUGGCAAUGUGGCUUUGGUCAGGUUUGUCACAGAUGGGUCACUUACUGCGUCAGGAUUCAGAUUACGGUUUCAAUCUAGCAUGGAAGAGUGUGGUGGGAAUCUACAGGUCCCUACUGGAACAUUUGCUUCUCCCAACUAUCCGAACCCAAAUCUUCACAGCCGGGUCUGUGAGUGGAGAAUCACUGUGCAGGAAGGAAGGCAUAUUACGCUAACAUUUAACAACCUGAGGCUGGAAGCUCAUCCAUCCUGCAACAAUGAGCAAGUGACAGUAUUUAAUGGCAUUAGAAGUAACUCACCCCAACUAGAGAAACUGUGUAGUAGUGUGAAUGUAAGUAAUCAGAUAAAAUCUUCAGGAAAUACAAUGAAAGUCAUUUUUUUCACUGAUGGAUCCAGGCCAUAUGGAGGCUUCCUUGCUUCCUACACAUCCAGUGAAGAUGCAGUAUGUGGCGGGUCCCUUACAAAUUUCCCAGAAGGCAACUUUACUUCUCCUGGCUAUAAUGGCGUCAGUAACUAUUCAAGAAACCUAAACUGUGAAUGGACUCUCAGUAAUCCAAAGCAGGAAAAUUCAUCCAUUUAUAUUUAUUUUGAGGAUUUUCACCUAGAAAGUCACCAAGAUUGUCAAUUUGAUGUCCUUGAGUUUCGAGUGGGAAAUGCUGAUGGACUUCUGAUCUGGAGACUUUGUGGACAUUCACAACCUACAGUGCCAUUGGUCAUACCUUAUACUCAGGUCUGGAUACACUUUGUCACCAAUCAACAUGUAGAACACAUUGGAUUCCAUGCAGAGUAUUCAUUUACAGACUGUGGCGGAAUACAGAUAGGUGAAAGCGGAGUGAUUGCAAGCCCCAACUACCCAGCCUUUUAUGACAGCUUGACCCAUUGUUCUUGGUUGUUGGAAGCCCCACAAGGCCACACCAUCACUCUUACAUUUACUGACUUUGAUAUUGAAUUCCAUACAACUUGUACUUGGGAUUCAGUCACAAUCAGGAAUGGUGGCUCUCCUGGAUCACCCAUAAUAGGACAGUACUGUGGAAGUUCAAAUCCCAGGACAAUCCAGUCUGGCUCCAACCAGCUGGUGGUGAUUUUUAACUCAGACCAUUCGGAACAACAUCGUGGAUUUUAUGCUACAUGGACCACACAAACUUUAGGCUGUGGUGGAAUACUUCACUCAGACAGUGGUACAAUCACAUCCCCUCACUGGCCUCAGAAUUUCCCCGAGAACAGCAGAUGUUCGUGGACAGCCAUCACUCACGAAAGUAAACACUGGGAGAUCAGCUUUGACAACAACUUCCUAAUCCCCAGUGGUGAUGGACAGUGUCAGAACAGUUAUGUGAAGGUUUGGGCAGGAACUGAAGAGGCCGACAAAGCUCUGUUAGCCACAAGCUGUGGAAACGUGGCUCCCAGUCCCAUCAUCACACCGAGAAACACAUUCACAGCCGUGUUCCAGGCUCAGGGAGCUCCAGCUCAGGGCUUCUCUGCAUCCUUUGUAAGCCGAUGUGGAAGUAAUUUCACUGGCCCUUCAGGUUACAUCCUUUCUCCAAACUACCCAAAGCAAUAUGACAACAAUAUGAAUUGUACCUACAUCAUUGAGACUGAUUCUUACUCUGUGGUCAGCUUGAAUUUUGUAUCUUUCCAUUUGGAAGCUCGCUCAGCCAUUGCAGGAAGUUGUGUCAAUGAUGGCGUGCACAUCAUUAGAGGUUACAGCUUAUCUUCCUCACCAUUUGCUACCCUGUGUGGUGAUGAGAUCCUUGCUCCUGUCACCAUCUCUGGUCCACUGCUGCUUAACUUCUACUCUAACGCAUACAUCACGGAUUUUGGAUUCAGAAUUUCUUAUAGGAUAACCUCCUGUGGUGGUGUGUUCAACUUCUCCACUGGAAUCAUCCGGAGUCCUGCCUAUUCAUAUUCAGACUAUCCCAACAACAUGUACUGUUUAUAUGUCAUCACCGUUAGAGAUGACAGAGUGAUUCAGAUCAAGUUCAGUGAUUUUGAUGUGGUUCCCUCCACCUUCUGCUCCCAAGACUACCUGGCAAUUUAUGAUGGUUCUAACUUCAGUGAUCCCCUUCUUGGCAAAUUCUGUGGCUCCACACUUCCCCCAGAUAUUAAGAGCAACAAUAACAGUUUGUUCCUGGUAUUCAAGACAGAUCCAUCUCAAACAGCAAGAGGGUGGAAGAUAACUUUCCGACAGACGUUGGGGCCUAAGCAAGGAUGUGGAGGUUAUCUGACAGGUUCAAAUUAUACCUUUGCCUCUCCUGAUUCUGACUCAAAUGGAAGAUAUGACAAGAAUUUAAACUGUGUAUGGUUCAUAAGUGCACCUGUAAACAAAUUAAUUAAACUCACCUUCAAUACAUUUACUCUGGAAGCAGCAACUACUUUGCAGAGAUGUGCUUAUGAUUAUGUAAAGCUGUAUGAUGGAGAUAGUGAAAAUGCCAUCUUGGCUGGAACAUUUUGUGGUUCCUCUGUACCUGCUCCUUUUAUCUCUUCUGGUAACUUCCUUACGGUACAAUUUGUCAGCGACUUAACUUUAGAAAGGGAAGGAUUUAAUGCUACAUAUACCACCGUGGACAUGCUUUGUGGGGGAAUCUAUAAUGCAACUUGGACGCCACAAAGUUUCUCAUCACCAAAUUCAUCAAAUAUAGAUGUCCAAUUUUACACCUGUACUUGGGUCAUUGAAGCACCUCCACAUCACCAGGUCAAGAUAACUGUGUGGACAUUGCAGCUUCACUCAGAAGACUGCUCGCAGAAUUACUUGGAGUUUCAGGAAUCACCAGAGAGUAAUGGAUAUGCAGGAAUCCGGUUCUGUGGCAGAAACACUUCAACAGUACCUGCGUUUUAUUCUUCUAUGCGUACUGCAAUUAUUGUGUUCAAAUCUGAAGUUAACAGAGACUCUAGAAUGGGUUUUACCUAUCAGAUUGCAGAUUGCAACAGAGAAUAUAACAGGGCAUUUGGCAAUCUGAAGAGUCCUGGAUGGCCAGAUAAUUAUAACAAUAACCUAGACUGCACUAUUAUUCUCACAGCACCACAGAACCAUGCUAUUUCCCUAUUUUUUCAUUCAUUUGGUAUCGAGGAGUCAAGUGAAUGCACACAUGAUUUCUUGGAGGUAAGGAAUGGAAGUGAUAGAAGUUACCCGUUACUUGGGAAAUAUUGUGGAACUCUCCUGCCAAAUCCUGUCUUCUCUGAAAACAAUGAAUUAUACCUGCGAUUUAAGAGUAAUAGUGCAAUUUCCAGUCAUGGAUACGAAAUCAUCUGGACCUCAUCAGCCUCCGGCUGUGGUGGAACUCUUUACGGAGACAGUGGUUCGUUCACCAGCCCUGGUUAUCCAGCCACUUAUCCAAACAACACUCACUGCGAGUGGAUUAUCACUGCCCCUGCUGGGAGACCUGUCACAGUCAGCUUUUACUUCAUCAGCAUCAAUGAUCCAGGAGAUUGUGUCCAGAACUAUAUCAUACUCUACGAUGGGCCGGACGCUGAUUCUCCAUCCGCUGGACCAUAUUGUGGAGCAGACACCGAUAUAGCUCCGUUUGUGGCUUCCUCACAUCGAGUCUUCAUAAAAUUUCACGCUGGGUAUGUGGUGCAGCCGUCAGCAUUCCAGUUAACUUGGCACAGCUAA